AUGCCGUCAUCAUCCGACUAUCUACAACCGCACGACCAGACCACAUCACCCCACGAGUCCCCUCGACUUUCACGGGAUGGACUGGGUAAACAACGAAGCCAUGGCCCGGGGAUCGCCUUGAGGAACCUGCGCGUCGGAGUUGGGAAUAAGAUGUGGAGACGAACCUCUAGGGCACCGGAGGGAUCGGAGGACACAGACGGUCUACUGGACAAUCGGGACGACGACGGACUUCGAAUAUCGCAUGCGAGCUCCCGCCAAUAUGCAGAUGACGAUGCACCGCUACUCAACGAACGCAGGUGGAGUUCGGCCCGCUCACCGGGAGACGACGAGCGUGGACCGCAGAGGAGUUCUCGAUUUCGGCUCCCAGGGAUCAAGGCUGCCAGUAUGCUAUUUGGUGCUUCUCGCCGGUCAGCGGCAAAUGAUAGGGAAAAAUCAGUGCCGAAGCCUCCGCGCGAUGUCCUCGUUGGUCAGGUCCAGAGGUCGAAAUACCCCCCGAAUGUUGUGUCCAACGCGAAGUAUACCCCUUGGAGCUUCCUGCCUCGCACCUUAUAUAACGAAUUUUCCUUCUUCUUCAACAUCUAUUUUCUUCUCGUCGCUCUUUCCCAGAUCAUUCCCGUUCUCCGGAUAGGUUACAUGUCGUCCUACAUUGCACCAUUGGCCUUUGUUGUCACCAUUUCUUUGGGAAAGGAAGCCUUGGAUGAUAUUGGUCGCCGGAGGAGAGAUGCCGAGGCUAAUUCGGAGACAUUUUCAAUCCUCGCGUUCGACAAACCACUUGGUGCAAGGGCGGUCCCUUCAACGGGGGGCGCUCACUCCAAUGUCGACAAUGUAUUGGAAAUUGCCAAAAAGUCUCGUGAUCUGAAAGUUGGUGAUGUCCUGAAAAUUCGUAAAAAUCAACGACUGCCUGCCGAUGUUGUAAUCCUGAAAAGCGUUUCCAAUGACUCCUCCCAUGCGCAGCAUUCAGACUCGAGUCCCAAGGCAUCUGGAGAUCUCAUUCAGUCAGACCAGGGAUCAUCAUCAUCACCUCCAAAGAAGACAAGUGCUGAUUUGACUGCUAAAGAGGGUGACGCGAAUGCCUCGCCUGGUAGUGAUACCUUCAUACGGACAGACCAACUGGACGGUGAGACGGAUUGGAAACUGCGCUUGCCCUCCGUUCUCUCUCAGAACCUUGCGCUUAGCGACUUGACCAGGCUUAAGGUCACCGCCAGCGCACCCGACAAGCAAGUCAACGAGUUCGUCGGCACUGUCGAACUGGGGCCUCCGUCAGGGUUCUAUGACCCCCAUGUUGACAAAACCGAUGGGGGAGGAAAUUACGAAAACGAACAUUCCUUAUCCAACUCGGCUCCUCUAACGAUAGACAACACUGCAUGGGCUAACACCGUUCUCGCAUCAAAUACAAUCACCUACGCCGUCAUCAUCUACACUGGCUCCCAGACCCGUGCCGCCCUGUCCACGUCCCCGUCCCGCUCAAAAGUAGGGUUGUUGGAAUAUGAAAUAAAUAAUCUGACCAAGAUCCUAUGCGUUCUCACUUUGACCUUAUCGAUCAUUCUGGUUGCCCUCCAAGGGUUCGAGCCGACGAACGAUAAGAAGUGGUACAUUGCCAUCAUGAUAUAUCUUAUUUUGUUCUCCACGAUCAUCCCUAUGAGCCUACGGGUAAACUUGGACAUGGCGAAAUCGGUGUACGGCCGCUUCAUCGAGCGAGACCGAGACAUUCCCGACACCGUGGUGAGAACCAGUACGAUCCCCGAGGACCUUGGUCGAAUCGAAUAUCUUCUUUCGGACAAGACGGGGACUCUGACUCAAAAUGAAAUGGAAUUGAAAAAGAUCCACGUAGGGACAGUCUCAUAUGCGAACGAUGCGAUGGAAGAGGUGGCAUCGUAUGUCAAGCAAAGUUUUGCUGGCCCAGCCUUGACUACUGCCUCGGCCGUCUUUGGAGCUCCAACGGGCGCUGGAACCACGCCCCGUACAAGGAGGGAGAUUGGCUCACGCGUCAGAGACAUUAUCCUAGCUCUUGCCCUCUGUCACAAUGUUACUCCGACAACAGACGAAGAAGAUGGGAUGCAGGUAACGAGCUACCAGGCUUCUUCACCGGAUGAAAUUGCCAUUGUGCGGUACACGGAGGAAGUGGGACUCAAGCUGUCCUACCGUGACCGACAAACCAUUGUCCUUGAAUCAACCCACACGGGACAUGUUGUGGUGCGUGUCCGCAUCUUAGACAUCUUCCCCUUUACCUCAGACAGCAAACGGAUGGGGAUCGUCGUACAGUUUGAAACGGCGGCCGGAAUACUCGAGUCGGCGCAGCAAGAUAGCGAAAUAUGGUUUUAUCAAAAAGGUGCAGAUGCUGUCAUGUCCACCAUCGUCGCGGCAAACGACUGGCUCGACGAAGAGACCGCCAACAUGGCCCGAGAGGGCUUGAGGACCCUAGUCAUUGGGAGGCGAAAGUUAUCUUCGCAGCAAUAUCAAGAGUUCAGUGGGAAGUAUAGACAUGCUUCGUUAGCUCUUCAAGGGCGAGACGCUGGGAUGGCCAAAGUGAUCAGCGAGUACCUGGAGCGGGACUUGGAACUUUUGGGAGUAACGGGAGUUGAAGAUCGCCUCCAAAGGGAUGUCAAGCCAUCGUUGGAGCUUCUUCGCAACGCAGGGGUCAAGAUCUGGAUGUUGACCGGAGACAAGGUAGAGACUGCACGGUGUGUGGCGAUUUCGGCCAAACUGGUUUCCCGAGGCCAGUAUAUCCACACCGUUGCCAAAGUCAGAGAUAAGUCUGCGGCGCGGGAAGCCUUGGAUUUCUUGCGCAGCAAGACUGACUGCUGUCUGCUCAUCGACGGCGAGUCAUUGGCGCUGAUGUUAAGCCAAUUUCGAACCUCCUUCAUUUCAGUCGCCGUUCUAUUGCCCGCUGUUGUCGCCUGCCGGUGCUCUCCCACUCAGAAGGCCGAGGUUGCAGAUCUGAUCCGCCAGCACACCAAGAAGCGAGUCUGUUGCAUCGGAGAUGGUGGGAACGACGUCUCCAUGAUUCAAGCCGCCGACGUGGGAAUCGGGAUCGUCGGCAAAGAAGGACGUCAAGCUUCCUUAGCGGCCGACUUCAGUAUCACGCAAUUCCAUCAUCUCACCAAGCUCCUCGUCUGGCACGGACGCAACUCGUACAAACGGUCGGCCAAAUUGGCGCAAUUUAUCAUGCACCGUGGUCUGAUUAUCAGUGCUUGCCAGACCAUGUACAGCAUCGCCAGCCAUUUUGACCCCAAGGGGCUCUUCAUCAACUGGCUCCUGGUCGGCUAUGCCACCGUCUACACCAACGCUCCCGUUUUCUCGCUCGUGUUGGACCGGGACGUGGAUGAACACCUAGCCAACCUAUACCCCGAGCUAUACAAGGAGCUGAAGACCGGACGCAGUCUAAGCUACCGCUCGUUCUUCACCUGGGUCCUCGUCUCCGUAUACCAAGGAGCCUUAAUCCAGGGUCUCUCCCAAAUUCUUCUAGACACUGUCUCUGGACCACGACUUAUCAGUGUAUCCUUUACUGCCCUCGUCAUCAACGAGCUUUUAAUGGUCGCCAUCGCCAUCACCACAUGGCACCCGGUCAUGAUCUUCUGUAUCGUGGGCACCGCCCUGGUCUACGCCGGCAGCGUCCCCUUCCUGGGAAACUACUUCGACCUCGAAUAUGUGAUAACUGUGGACUGGGUCUGGCGCGUGCUUGCCGUCUGUGCCGUGGCGGUGAUUCCAGUCUGGGCAGGGAAACUGAUCAAACGAUCCUGGAGUCCGCCCAGCUACCGGAAAGUGCGCGGCUGA